AUGGACACCCGACCCGCUUCCGAGUACGCACAGCCAGACCAAACUUCUGCUGCUGCUAGUGCUCACUACACCCCGCAACCUGAGGUCCGCCCGACCUACACGCCACAACCUGAAGUGCGACCUAAUAUUUCGUCGUCAAACACCCCUCAGUCGGACUACGGUCUGAACCCUCCGCCCACCGCCCGCUCCCCUGCCUACCACCAGGACUACCUCCACCGCCCACCCCAAUCCUACGCCCCCAACUCUCAACCCGGUGGCGCGGCAGGUAUGGCUCAAGCAACAAGUCCGUUCAACCUGCCUACGGGCCCGCGCAGUCCGAUCGUUAAGUCUGACGCGCCCGUUCCUAUAGAUCCUUCCCUUCCGGCCAACAGCCCCACCUAUCCUCCUCCCUACUCUCCCUACCAGCCUCAGGGGCACGAGAUGGCUCAGUACCAGGGCCACCCGCCGCCCCCUCACCAGAUGUACGCGCGCCCGGACUGGCCUCACAGCUAUGGACAACAGCAUCAUGGAUUGCCCGGUCCUUACGCCUCUCCCGCUACAACGGUUGGUUCCGCCUCCCCUGUUGCCGCAACUGCAGGGCCGCGCCCUGGACAGGUUUACUCGUUCGUCCCAAUUCCUGGUGCGCAGCAGCACAAGCGUCCCCGUCGUCGCUACGAGGAAAUCGAGCGCAUGUACAAAUGUGGAUGGCAGGGCUGUGAGAAGGCAUAUGGUACUCUGAACCAUUUGAAUGCACAUGUGACUAUGCAGUCGCACGGCGCGAAGCGCACUCCUGAAGAAUUCAAGGAGAUCCGCAAGGAAUGGAAAGCUCGCAAGAAGGAAGAGGAGGCUCAGCGCAAGGCCGUUGAGGAGCGUGAGCGCGCUGCCGCCCAGGCUGCUCAGGCCAACCAGGUCGAGGCUCCCAACCCUUCGGACCCCUCCCAUGGACAGCCACCUGCCUAUGGCAGUGGCGUCCGUCCUCAACUCCCUCCCAUCGGAUACCAGCCUGCGGACAGCCAGGUUCCGGGUCAAUACGGCGGCCCCCCUGGUGGUGGCAUGGUCUAUCAGAACGGACAGAUGGCAUACCCUCCAAACUACCCUCACUCUCCCUACCAGAGCGGACCGGUGUACCCGCAACGUGAGUAA